AUGUCCGAGUCGCAAGAACAGUCGUCCUCUCGCCCUCUCGCUCCUGCUCCCGGUCGCCCCUUGAAACGUAAUGUCUCGUCGGAUGGGCUGGUGCCCGCGCGGAGGUACAAGACUACCGCGUGCAAGGCCUGCAAGCGAAAGAAGCUGAAGUGUCGAGGGGGUCCGCCCUGUCAACCUUGUCAGACCCAUGGUAUCGAAUGCGAGGUUGACGAGAUGUCCGACAUGCGCCGCAAGAACGCCAUGGAGCGCAAGGUCGAGCAACUGGAGCGGGUGUCGGACACGCUGAUGGAGCUGGUCGGUGCCCUGCGUGAGAGCGAGACCCGCCGAGUGGCCCAGCUGCUGAACCUCAUCCGGAGCAAUGCCUCCUUCGACGAGCUCCAGCGCUUCCUGGAGCAGCAGUUCGCCCCGGGCGAGAUGGACUCGACCCCCGAGCUGCGCGACAUCCAAACGCAAUUGUCCCAGGGGCCCGAGGUCGCGCCCUUGGGUUGGAGGUACUUGCGCGUCGACCGUCUGGCGGAUGACCCCGUCCACCGAGUCCCCGCCGCGCCGUGGACGAGGGUGACCAACGACGCGGAUCUCGUCUCGCACCUGCUAUCCCUCUGGAUGACCUGGACCUAUCCCUGGCUUAACUGGCUGGACAAGGACCUUUUCCUGAGGGAUAUGAUGCAAGGGAAUCUGAACUGUCCAUUCUGCUCCCCUUUCCUCGUCAAUGCGAUCCUCUCCGAAGCUUGCUAUUACUCCGACUACCCGGAAGUGUUCACCGUGCCCGGCGACAUGCACUCCCGAGGCGAUCAAUUUUACGACGAAGCUCGGCGCCUGUUCGAAUCCGAAGAGGACGAGGGGGCAUCCCCCAGUCUGCCGACCAUCCAAGGGCUCAUGGUCCUGUUCAUUCGAAUGACCCUCAUGGGCAAGGAUCGAAUGGGAUGGGUGUAUAUGGAUCUGGCCGUUCGUGGUGCCCGUGAAUACGCCGAGAUGCACCCCCCACGAUCGACAGACAGCCCAGACGAACGGAAGGCGAUCAACCGGACCCUCUGGGGCAUUUUUAGCAUCGCUUCAACCGCGUCCGUAACCCUGAUGAAACAUCUGGACUUGCAGCCUCCCAAACGGCCUCCUAUCUCCAAGGUGUGGCAUCUGAUUCAUGUCUCCGACAUCUGGAGGCCCUACCCAUAUCCCACCGACGUUGGGAUCCCGUCCCAUAUUACCUGCGUCUUCGACCAUUGGUGCGCGAUCGCCAGCAUCACCGCCAAAAUCUGCCAGACAUUCCACAAUGAGGAGGAUAGGAUCCCUCGUGCCGAGCUACCGCCGGUCGUCACUCGCCAUUACGGUCAGCUGCAGCAGUGGUAUGCCGACCUGCCAGACUGUCUACAAGUGGAGGCGCUCACGGUCCCCCAUGCCUUGAGUCUUCAUUUCUUCUACCACACCACGGUGAUGCAGAUCUUUGGCUUCCUCAAAGCCACGGACGAGGUAUUGGACCCCCAGAUCGUGGAAAAUGCACGCACCAUCUGCAUCGACAAUGCCCGGCGCAUCGCCUUUCUCAUCGGCAUCCACCGGGACAAAUGGGGUAUCGGCCGCAUGGCCCCAUCGACCAUCCAGUGGCUCAGCAUCGGCAUGUUCACCCUUCUGGACGCUCUGGACUCGGACGACAACCGGGCCGCGUUCAUCGACAUGUGCACCGUCGCCCGCGCGAUCGCGCGCCGCUUCCCCCUGGCCACGGGGAUUCUACGCAUGAUCCAGAUCUCCGCCAACGAGAUGCCGAUCCUCUUGCCGGCGGAAACGGAUGCCUUGUUCACGGACUUGGAGACUCAGGGCUGGGAGGGGAAGGACUCGCAGACGUUCAGCACCUUCUACCCCAAUUUCGCCACGGUCGUGCGGCAGGGGAACAGGGAGGAGGCGGAUGACUUAAUGGACCGGUCCUUGGAGAAAUGGGAUAAACUCACCAUCUUGGACCAACGUGAGGGCUCGGGAGAUGGUUCGGGCGAUAGGUCCGUUCAAUAG